AUGGUGCAGAUUCAGACCAAACCUGAACAACACAAACUUGUGUCAGCUUUAUCAGGACUGUCAGAUGAUGUGGAGAUGCUGGAGACGGGUGAGGAGGAGCACGUCAUCACCUCAGGUGCUUCUGACAGGUACUUAUUCAAACUACAGGCUCUUUUCAUGUGUCACAACAACUGGCUUUAUGAUGCUCCCAGUCCGAUGCCUCCUCGUGCGAAUGUUAAGCCCAAAUCCAAGAUCUCAGCCUCGAGGAAACUCUCGCUGAAGAUCCUGCUCCUGCAGAGGGCGAUGGAGGACUUGGAGCAGGAGAAAGUGACACGUGAUGAGGAGAAGGUUCGUUACCUGGGAGACAAACUUCCUCCUCUCCAGAUUUCAGGUGUGGCGAUGGACGAGCUGCAGAAACUGUGCCGACAGCUUCAUGGUAAAAUUGAAGUGGUGGAUGAGGAGAGAUACGACAUUGAAGCUAAAGUCAACAAGAACAAUAAAGAAAUCCAUGAGUUGAAGCUGAAGGUGCAGGAUCUUGGGGGUAAAUUUAAGAAGCCAGCUCUGAGGAAGGUUCGUGUGUCGGCUGAUGAGAUGAUGAGAGCUUUACUCGGCUCCAAACACAAAGGCUCCAUGGACCUGAGAGCUAACCUGAAGUCUGUCAAGAAGGAGGACAUUAAACAGGAGAAGGUACUGACCUCUGAGGUGGGAGAUUGGCGUAAGAACGUGGAGGCCAUGUCAGGGAUGGAGGGCAGGAAGAAGAUGUUCGAUGCUGCUGGUGGAGGACAGUGAACAGUGUGUAGAAUUACUGUAUAGAACAUUGUGUGUGUUUAAAAAUGGAUGAAAAACAGAAUGUGAGAAUAAUUUUAACACCAUUACAUCAUACACUGUUACACUGUCACAGUUGUUACAUGGAAUAUUAGUUACAUUGUUGCCCUGGUAACACUGGUGUAUUAGUUACAUUGUUGCCCUGGUAACACUGGUGUGUUAGUUACAUUGUUGCCCUGGGUACA